AUGGAUAAUACCAGAGAUUCUGUGGCUUAUAAUAUACUACCAUUGGAAGAUUUCCCAGAAACAAUUGAGGAAGACGACAACGAUAACGAUACAAUUCCACCAAACGAUAAAAUUAUGCCAGCUGUUCCGGAAGGUGAAACAACUUGUCGAAUUAAAUUACUACGUCCAGAAUUACCACCAGAAAUACAACCAGAAAAUAUUACUGAUUUACAUUGUGCUAUCAAUGUAAAAGAACGUGUUGAAAUUAAUGGUGAGAAACGUUUGAUACAAAAGCGUAAAACAAUACAUCCAGAAUGGAAUGAAAGUUGGGAUACAGGUGUUGUAGCUGGACGAGUAUUACAGGUUGUUCUGUUUAACGGUACCACACCAAUUGCUGAUGCUACAAUGCGGCAACAGGACAUUAUAUCAAAAUGCAAAGGAGAAAAUGCUACGCAUGUUUGGAUUAAUUUGAAGCCAGCAGGACGUAUUCUUGCUCAAGCUUGUCAUAUUGGUAAUUCCUGA